AUGACGACAACUCUUUCAAUUCCGCUCAAUAUCUUUUUCUUCCAUCAAACUCAAACCACACCCACUUCUUCAUUUCUUCAUCACCAAACCGUUAACUUUUCCCGCAGAAAAACCACUCUAAAAACCGCUUGUUCCGAUUCACAACAAAACUCCCAACAACGACAAAGCCAGAGGAAGAAGAAACCGAUUAAUACCAAUGAUAUUGAUUCCGAUGGUGAAAAGGGUUAUGACCCUAUUGGGUUUCUCGACAAACGUGGAAUUUCUCAUAAAGCAUUUGCUCAGUUCCUCCAUGAAAGGCAAGUAAUUUAG